AUGGGUUUCACCGACUUCUUCACCGACGCCUGGGAGACAUUCGCCCACCCCUCAGCCGAUGCCGAGGCUCCACCACAGGGCGGCACCUCCACCAAGUCGCCUGCAUCCGGCACCGACGAGGAGUCAAGCGAGGAGGCCGAGGUGAACAAGCAGGACCAGAAGAAGGGCGGAGAGUCCCAGGAACAAGGACAUAAGCCUAGCAGCGAUGAUGGCGGGGAUAGCGAAGAGCCCGAGGAGGAGGAAGAGGAGGAAGAGGAAGAGCCUGACCCAAAGGAGAAGCUCGAGAAGGAAUGCGCCGAGUCAAAGCAGUGCCAUGGCCCCAAGCACCAUUACGAUGAGUGCGUCGAGCGCGUCACGGGCCAGAUCGAGAAGGAUGGCAAGGCCAGUGAGGACUGCGUCGAAGAAUUUUUCCAUCUCGCCCACUGCGCGACCCAAUGCGCCGCACCCAAGCUCUUUGCUCAACUCAAGUAA